AUGACGCAUCCGUGGGUGGCCAUCGCGAUGCGGCCAGCGGCGGCGAAGAGAGUGAAGUGGACCUCCCACGUCUUCCCCUUCUGGAAGACCUGGGUCAUCGUCCUCGUACCGACUCUGGCUCUCCCUUUACUCUUCAUUCCUCAACAACGAGUGAUGGAGGGAAGGUGUGCAUACGUCGUCCUCAUCAUGGCGGCAUACUGGAUGACGGAAGCCGUCCCGUUGGCCAUAACCUCCCUCAUUCCCGUUUUCCUCUUCCCCCUCCUUGGGGUCUUGGGCACCUCCAAGGUCUGCACGGUCUAUCUGAAGGAGACCAACAUGAUGUUCAUCGGAAUGCAUACACGACGUGUGUCAUGCGUAGGUGGUCUGAUGGUCGCCAUCGCCGUCGAGCACUGCAACCUCCACCGAAGAAUCGCGCUUAGAGUCCUCGUCUGGGUCGGAGCAGCACAGAGAUGGUUGACCCUGGGGUUCAUGCUGACGACGAUGUUCCUGUCCAUGUGGAUCUCCAACACAGCCACAACUGCCAUGAUGGUCCCCAUCGUGGAGGCCGUCCUCACCGAGCUCUAUCGGAAAGAUGAGGGUGUUCCAAAAAUUGAGGUGGUGAAUGGGUCGUGUGGAGAAGGCCAACAAUGCGAAUUCCAGCUGGAAGAACCGAUAUCCAGGAGGUCCACCGAAGCCAUACUUGAGAUUGAAGACGAGUGA